CAUAAUUCGGUCAUUGCCUACACCUAUGGGCGUGCCCGUUGCACAGUAAGUGCAGUCGCUACUUAAUACUUCUUUAGGAUUUCUUGAAACAAGGCGAUGGCAGCAUCGGUAGCAUGCGGGCAGGCAUCCUUGUCAUGUAUUUCCACAGCAAAAGGAUCUAAGAUGUUAUCCACCGGGAUCUUUGCUAGGCAUUCUUUGAAAAGAUUCAAUUCUUCUAAGAUUCAAGCUACUCCACCACCGUCAGUUUCUGACAGCAAUGCAAAUCGUUGGAGAAAAUCUAACACAUUGACUGUCUAUGCUGCUGUUCGACAGCUAACAGGAUCCAUUACAAAACCAGAGGGCCUUCGUUUUGUUGUGGUUGCUGCUCGUUUCAAUGAUAUUAUAACCAAACCUCUUGUUGACGGUGCUUUGGAAGGUUUUAGAAGACAUUCUGUCAGAGAAGAAGAUGUUGAUGUGAUCUGGGUGCCAGGAAGCUUUGAGAUCCCCUUGGUUGCACAAACAGUUGCAAAGUCAGGGAAGUAUCAUGCAGUGAUAUGCAUUGGAGCUGUGGUAAGAGGUGCUACUACACACUAUGAAGCUGUGGCAAAUUCUGCAUCAUCAGGAGUACUUUCAGCUGGUCUGAAUUCAGGUUCUCUUAACUCCAACAGUUUUGAAGGUGUACCAUGCAUAUUUGGUGUCCUUACCUGCGAUACAAUGGAACAAGCCAUGGACAGAGCUGGUGGUAAAGUUGGAAACAAAGGCUAUGAAGCUGCUGUAACUGCGAUUGAGAUGGCUUCAUUAUUUCAACAUCAUCUGAGAUUUUGAAAUCUGCAGGAUUAUUGGUUCAAGGAAUAUGGUUGCUGCACCAUCAUGAAAUAAUUGAAUGAUAAUUUUCUAGGUCACUGUAACCAUGAGAGAUUUUAUGGCUUUUUCACAGGUCCGUGAGUUAUCUACAGUGCUCUUUGGGUUGAAUCUCUGUACUCCCACACCCACCCCCCUAAUAUGAUCUACCAAAUCUGGCUGUUAACAUUAAGUUUGUUAGUAUAGAAAUCAGAUGGGACAUUAACACAGUUAGAAAUAUGCAUUAGAAGAUAUGUUUGUAGCAGACAAAAACGAGAAUGCCAAAAAAUGUUGCCGAAUAAAUUGUUCUAUGUAACUUCCAAGGUAGUGUUAAAGAAAAUAAGUGACGUCAAUAAAAUUACCAUAUGUCAUGGUACAAAUCCUAUUUCUUUUUAAAA